AUGACCGCCCGCCUCACCCCCCUCUUCAUCCUCCUGGGCGUCCUCCUCGUCCUCGCCGGCAUCGGCUACGUCGCCUACUCCAUCGUCCAGGACGUCUCGCGCCACACGCGCUCCAAGAUGGAAGGCAAGAACGUCCUGGUCACCCGCGAGGGGAUGAAGGUGGGCGUCCGCGAGGUCAAGGAGGAGGAGUAUGUGGAUCGGAGUCAGAGCAUCCUCGUCAACAUGUGGAAUCACACCUCGUUCCCCGCGUACAAGAGUCGCUUCUGGGAUAUGACCAAGCCUACCAAUUGGGGGCAGGAGAGUCGGGUCGCCGAAAGUAGUAAGCGGAAGUGA